AUGGUAGAGAUUCGAAUCUGGUCGGCGUUAACACUCUGUACGUUGCUUCUCGGCGGCGCCUACUCUCUGCCCAGAGUUCCUUUUGUCAACGAUGAUCCCAAAAAUGGCACAGAAACGAACGAGACCACAGAUGGCACAGUGACGGAAGAAUCGACGACGCUGAAGACGUACAACGUCGGAGAUUCGGAUGGCUUUCAGGAGGCCUCGCGUCUUCUUCAGCAGAGUCUUAAUUUGACCAUGGAUCCGUGCGAUGACUUCUUCGAAUACGCGUGCCGAUCCUGGAUCGAUUCUCACCCGAUUCCGGACGAUCUUACCUCCUUCUCCCAAUUCACAGCUACUCGCGAAAAGGUGAUUUCCGAAAUGAGACAACUCUACGAAGAUAACUCGAGCACUCCAACUUCCAAGUCGAUCGCUCUCGUCAAGCAAAUCUACAAAAGCUGCAUGGACACUGAGAAGCACAAUGCCGUGGGAGCACGUGACCUGCUCGAGAAGAUCAAGACGUUCGGAUACUGGCCGAUGGUGCACAACGAGAAGUGGAGGGAGAGCUCGUUCGAUCUGACAAAGCUGCUCUCGAAUACCAUUCAGUCGCGCGAUGUGUCCGUUUUCUUCGAUUACGGACCGGCCGAGGACUCACGCAAUGUGUCUCGGCGACUUCUGAGCUUCGAUCAAGGAAGUCUCGGACUCGGAUACUCUACUCGUGAUUACUAUUUGGACGAGAAAAAGUAUGAGAAGCAAAUGAAGGCCUAUCGGAAGUAUACGAUCGGAAAGGUCCGUCUGUACACUCAGGAUGCUGGGUUGACCAUUAACGAGACCAAGAUCGAGGCGGACGUCGACGAGAUCAUCGAGUUCGAAAAGAAGUGGGCCGCGAUUCUGGUUGCCGAGGAGAACAGACGCAAUUACACGAAACUGUACAAUGUAAAACAGUUCGACGAUCUGAAGGAGUUCAUGCCAAUCGUGCGUUUGAAUUGAAACUCUGAAAAGUAUCUAAUUCGUGUCGUUUUUCAGAUUGACUGGAAGAGACUCGCUCUCUCGACCACCCCAUACCUUGUCCAUUCAUACCUCAAGACCAACCCAAUUAUCAUUAUCUCGGACAUUGAAUACCUUCAAAAGAUGAACACUCUUCUCCAGGAAACCGACCCGCGCAUUGUCACCAACUACGUUCUGCUUCGUUGGGCCGGAUCUUGGAGUCAGGAAAUCGGAAGAAAGUACGAAGAUCUUCAGCAGGAAUUCGCCUUCCAAAUGUACGGACGCAAACAGAGGCAGCCACGUUGGAAGGAUUGUGUCAGCAGCGCCGGCGGAAAAUUGAGCUAUGCUUCUGGUGAGUUGCACCCGAAUAGCAAAGUCCAACGUUGUUUUCAGGAUCAAUGUACGUCCGCAAGUACUUCGACGCCAACGCCAAGAACACCACCCUCGACAUGAUCUCCGAUCUUCAGGAAGCUUUCCGUAACAUGAUGCAUGCCAAUGAUUGGAUGGAUGCGGAGACGAAAAAGUACGCUUUGGAGAAGGGAGACCAGAUGCUCAAGCAGAUCGGAUACCCCGACUUUAUCCUGAACGACGAGAAGCUCGACGAUUGGUACAAGGGACUCGAGGGAGCGCCGGAGGACACGUUCAGUCAGCUCGUCGAGAAGAGCAUUCAGUGGCGCAACAACUUCUACUACCGCCGUCUUCUGGAGCCCGUCAACAGACACGAGUUCAUUUCGAGCGCCGCCGUUGUGAACGCCUUCUACUCGCCAACUAGAAACGCGAUCGCCUUCCCAGCUGGAAUUCUCCAACAGCCAUUCUUCGAUGCUCGCUUCCCGAAGGCACUCAACUACGGAGGAAUCGGAGCAGUCAUCGGACACGAGAUCACGCAUGGAUUCGAUGACACCGGACGACAGUUCGACAAUGUCGGAAACCUCCGUGACUGGUGGGACAACACCACUUCUGCCAAGUUCACCGAGCGCGCACAGUGCAUCAUCGAGCAGUAUGCCGAUGUGCAACUCAGCGGAACGGAUCUUCGCAUCAACGGAAAGCUGACUCAAGGAGAGAACAUUGCGGACAACGGAGGAGUCAAGCAGGCGUUCAAAGCCUACAAAUCGUUCCUCGAGAAACACGGAGGCCAAGAGCCGCGGGUUCCGCAAUUCGAAUCGCUCACCAACGAGCAGCUCUUCUUCGUCGGAUACGCUCAGGUCUGGUGUGGAGCCAAGACGCCCGAGACGAAGACUCUUCUCCUGCUCACUGAUCCGCACUCCCCAGAAACCGCUAGGUAAUCCCAUUUUUGCUCGCAUUCGGCUGUCAAUUCAAUUGUUUCCAGAGUUAACACUGUCCUUUCAAACCAGCCGGAGUUCGCGGAAGCAUUCAAGUGCCCGGCCGGGUCGCCGAUGAACCCCACGAAACGAUGCGUCGUGUGGUAA